AUGAACCUUCAUUGCUUUCUGAAGAAAGAAGAGGAGGCAGACACUGCAAAGCUUCACACGCUCUCCGGCGAUUAUGACCUCAAGUUGUUGCCAGAGGAUGCAACAGGUGCCACGGCUCUAAUCGAUCUCGGUGAGAGGGGAAAGCUUCGUGAAGGUGGCCAACUACUCCUGCGCGGCCGCUGCAACAAAGCUUGGUUAGCUUCCAGUGCUUCAAGCAGGCCUGUCUUCGAGGUGCAGCUGCAGGUCCAAGAAGAGGAGACUCUGGCAGUGAAGUUGUGGCUGCAGCCGCAUGCUUUGCGUUGCCUCUGCGGACCCCCGAUUGCACGCGUUCAUGUCCAGUUCCAGCUUGAUCGAUGGGAGAUCAGUUCCCAGCAUGAAGUGGUGGAUGUCAUCUCUCGGCGUGAGAUUGUUCACCGACUGGUGUUGCCCAACCUGGAGUGCUACCUGCCUCCCAGCCAGUCCGAGCUGGAUGCGAACCAGUCCGUCGCGCGGCAGCUCACCGAUUGGCACCUUCCGCCUCCGAAUCCUGCACAGCUUGGGGUGAUGAGCUUUGCACUUUGCGGUCUUCAACGCAGCUUGCCGCCUUUGCUGGUUUACGGGCCCUGGGGCACGGGCAAGACACUGACGCUUGCACAUGCUGCCAUCUGCGUUAGAAGGCGCUCGCAGCAGCAGGCUCGGAUCCUCAUAUGCACACACACCAACUCCGCAGCAGAUCUGUUUGUGGAGCGCUAUCUACGCAACGCUGACUCUGCCUUGCGCACAACGGUGCUUCGCCUAUGUGCAAGAUCUCGAAGUGGGCGCAUCUCUGAUGCAGUGAAGCAGUGCUCUGCAAGCCUUGACGACCUUUCCCUUCACCAGCUUCUUGAUGCACGGAUUGUUAUCUGUACGUUGAGCUUGGCGAAUGCCAUCGCAAAGAGGAUCACCUCUGUGCAUGAGGACCAUUUCACGCACAUCUUCGUGGACGAGGGUGGGCAGGCCAAGGAGCCCGAGACUUUGCAAGCAGUUGCCUGCGCCGGGCGGAGGACGUGUCUCAUCAUUGCGGGGGACCACAAGCAGAUGCGCUGCCAGUCGUCUUCCAACUUUGUGCAGGAGGCGGGUCCUGACCUGCAGUCGUUGCUUCAACGCAUGUUCCUACUCUACGAAAGACAAGAUGCGAAGACAUUGCGGGCCUUGCUCAAUGCAAACUACCGCUCACAUCCUGACAUCGUCAACUUCGUCGGAAGGAACUUCUACGGGCAGGAGCUCAAGGCCGAAGCUCCGUGUUGGGUGAUGAACACCUGUGUCCCAGCCUUGCAGUUCGUACACGUUGAGGAGAAGGCAGAAGAGCUGGAGUAUGAGCCUCACGGCUGGGCUAACAUGGCAGAGGUCAAAAAGGUGUUGGAAGUGGCCCAGAACAUUUCUGAGAGGCUCCGUACUGCCGAUGUGGGCGUUAUCUCAACCGAGCUGCCGCAAGUUUGGAGACUUCGCGAGCUCCGCGGUCGAACAACAGUGGAUGUUCAGCGAAUCUCGAAUGUGCAGGGUCAGGAGUUCGAUGUUGUCAUCGUCUGCACGGUGGCAUCGCACCGCAUGGACGCAUCCCUGCAAAGCAGUUUCGGCUUUCUCAAUGACGAGGCCAUGCUGAAUGUUGCUCUGACACGAGCACGACGCUGUGUGAUCGUCGUGGGAGAUGCGAAGGCGCUCGGCUCUGCGGGAUGCUGUGCUUCCUUGUGGAAGCGAUUCAUCGAAGCGGCUCAGAAGCUCGGGGGCUCGAGCUUUGAUGUGGCGAACAUUGAAAGAGGGUUGGCUCGGGACCUUGAGGAGGACAUUUUCGAGGACGAGGACGAGAACCUCCCGGAUGACGAGAUCUUGCUUCUGACCAUGAGACAAGGCCUUGAAGAGAACAUGGGGAACCUGGUCCGUCCGGAAGACCGCCGCAGGCAAAUCGAUCUCCAGCUCGAAGCUUUGGUUAGUGCCGGUGUACCUUCCGCCCCUCGU